UCCAGCCUGGCGCUCGCAAUGCUACGGUCGGCUGUUGCUGCAGGGGCAGUCCCGUCGAUCUCGUGGCUCCGGAGCGUGAUGCAGGUUCUAUUGGAGGUAUCUUGGGGGUUGGAGGAGGGGCCACCCUCUCACCUGCGCGUGUUUCUGGACUGGCCACGAUUGAACAGUUUGAUGCGGUGCCAUUAUGAGGAGCUUGAGGAGGGACAAGCUCUAAAUGCCGUGCUGGAGGCUCGAUAUUACGACGACGACGACGCUAUCGACAACGACGCUGACAACGAAGAAGGAAUGACUGGCGGCUGUGCCAACAAUAAUCUCAGUGUGGUUAGCAAUUACAUCACCGCCGAUUGCAAUAACAACGCCAACAACAACAACAACAACAACAACAACAACAACAACAACAACAACAACAACAACAACAAUAACAACGACAACAAUAAUGAUAACAACAACAACAACGACAACGAUAGGCCUGUUGAAACGACGCUCACAUAUGCACGGGCCAUCGCUACGGAUAACAAUGAUUGCACUGGCAACGACAAGACUGUGCAUGAUGGUGGCGCGGUAGGGAGAACAAUUGACUACAUCAGCAACAAUAAAUAUGUUGACGUUGCCGAUGACAAUAACAACAUCAACGGGAACGACAACGACGAUAUCUACGGUGUGGCAAGUGCGAUUGGGUUGGCGAAGAAGUUCAAUAGCCCUCAUGAUUGCGUGUUGGAAGCUCGGUUGAUGCAAUCCACGAAGAAGGACAUGUUAACGGCUCUGACGAACAAAUUUGGACCGGGUGUUCUUACGGCAAAGGAAGAAAAAUUGAAGCAAACAGAUUUCGUCGGGGUUGUGCUAAGGAAGAUGUACCCUUAUGGCACGUUGACGAACAGGGGUGGUUUAACUGUGGAUCCUGAUGGUGUGACAAAGUUCCAUGCGCACGAGGUUGGUAUGUGGUUCCUCCGCGAUGCAGAGCUCUUCAGGGAUGAGGGUAGAGAUGUUGAGACUUUGCAUGAGGAUAUCAUGAUGAUCGUUGAUCAUUGGGCAGGUGAUCAUACGAGGUGCAUUGGGGAAAGGCAGAUUUUGUGUGAGAAGGGGGGCCGGCCCAACCGUUUGCCUUUGUACACCCGCCACGACACUAUGUACGCAGUAAUUGUCCAGGUUCUAGGGAAACAUUGCAGCACCAACAUCACCUGCUACUACGCCGAGUUUCGUCACACGUCGACAGUAGAGACGUUCCAGGGCACGAUGAUCAUCUACGGGAAGAAGUCUACGCAUUUCGAGAAGUCUAUGGAGGCGCGGUUAGCAAUCGUGAUGAUUCGGUGGAAUAGUCACACGUGGCGCGACCCAAUCGAGUACCGCGCAGACCUUCUGGGACUUCCAUUCGUGCAAGGUCAAGCUUCUAUCGACACAAUCCGCCUGUUAACGACUCUUGGGUAGAUCGGUUCGCGACUUUCGUGUUCGGUUCGC